AAGACUGGACACAUCCAUCCCCAAAGAAGGCUGCAGAAGGCUCCGUGCCGACGGCUGCAUCCCCGCUCCCGGCAGCCGCUGCCUCGACCCCUUAUGCUGUUGGGGAUGAGUGCCUGCAGCAGGAAGGCACUGACCCUGCUCAGCAGUGUGUUUGCUGUCUGUGGCCUCGGCCUCCUGGGCAUCUCCGUCAGCACCGACUACUGGCUCUACCUGGAGGAGGGCAUCGUCCAGCCCCAAAACCAGACGGCCGAGAUCAAACUAUCCCUGCACUCGGGGCUCUGGAGGGUCUGCUUCCUGGCAGGUGAAGAGCAUGGCCGGUGCUUCACUAUUGAAUACAUCAUGCCUAUGAACAUCCAGCUGACGUCUGAGUCCACGGUCAAUGUCCUGAAGAUGAUCCGCUCCGCCACCCCCUUCCCUCUGGUCAGCCUCUUCUUCAUGUUCAUCGGCUUCAUCCUGAGCAACAUUGGCCACAUUCGGCCUCACAGGACCAUCCUCGCCUUUGUCUCGGGGAUAUUCUUCAUCCUCUCGGGUCUGUCCUUAGUGGUGGGGCUGGUCCUCUACAUAUCCAGCAUUAACGACGAGAUGCUGAACAGGACCAAGGACUCUGACACGUUCUUCAAUUACAAAUAUGGGUGGUCAUUUGCCUUCUCUGCCAUCUCAUUCCUUCUCACAGAGAGCGCCGGGGUGAUGUCCGUUUACCUCUUCAUGAAGCGAUACAUGGCCGAGGACAUCUACAGACCUCACCCCAGCUUCUACCGUCCCCGUCUGAGCAACUGCUCCGACUACUCGGGGCAGUUCUUGCACCCAGAUGCAUGGGCACGGGGUCGGAGCCCUUCGGAUAUCUCCAGCGAGGCCUCCCUGCAGAUGAACAGUAGCUACCCUGCUCUGCUCAAGUGUCCUGACUAUGACCAGAUGUCCUCGUCCCCGUGCUGAGCCCCACCAGCCCUGCGCCCGCUCCCACCCCAGCACCGAUGGUCGCUGGCUCCGUUUGUCAUUGGUUUUUUAGGCCACUCUUUCAGAGCAAUUCUCUAUUUAUAGGAGUGUAAAUAUAACCAGGGAGAUUGGUUAUAUAACCAACCAUGAAACCCGGAGAAUUGGGA